GGCAUAGACAAUUAUAGAGUGACAUACCCUUGAUUGUCAUGUUCUUUGCAAUUUGUCCAAUGAUUUGUCAAACAAAAUUUGGACGCGUGCUGGGUUUUCGUUUUAUAAACUUGUUAUUUCAAUGUUAUUACCCAUAGGAAGUAACUAAAUAAUGGUCAGAAGUGGACGCGAUAGGGACAGAGACCGCGAUCGUAGGCGGUCGCGUAGCCGAUCUGAGACGCCUGACAGAAAGCGAAGGCGGUCGCGGUCGAGAAGUCGCGAUAGGAAUACUAAAUCUUCAAAGAGAAAGCGAAGUCGCAGUCGAGAGAGAGAUUCUAAACGGGACAGGAGUAGAGACAGAGAUCGGGAAAGGGAAAGAGAUAGAGAAAGGGAGCGUGAUCGCGACAGAGAUAGGAAAAGUGAUAAGCGUGAUGACAAGAGAACAAGUUCUAGCAGCAAGUCUUCGAGGAAGAAAUCUCCAGAAAAAGAAAAGGAAAGAUCAAAAUCUAAAGAGAAAACCACCAAAGCAGAUACUUCAGACUAUGAUAUAGGAACUGCUGACAAGGAAGAGGAGCAAAGUAGACUUGAGGCAGAGAUGCAGAAGCGUCGUGAUAGGAUAGAGCGCUGGCGUGCGGAGCGAAAACGCAAAGAGCUUGAGUCUGCCAAAAAAGAAGUGCAGAAAGGAAGCAUUGUUACCAACAUACAAACGCCAACUAGCAAGAAGUGGUCAUUAGAAGAUGAUUCUGGUGAAGAAGGUGAAGAUGGUGAAGGCAAAGAGAAAGUUGAGAAAGUGGAAGAAGUGAAGAAGGAGGAAGAUGAAAUUGAUCCAUUAGAUGCAUACAUGCAAGAAGUACAGCAAGAGGUGAGAAAAGUAAAUCAAAUGGACCAAGCACGAGGCAUAAUAAGUGUGCCAAGUGCUGGAGGAACUGGUGUUGUAAUUCUUACUGGAACAGCUAAGAAGAAAGUCACCGAACAGAAGAAUAAAGGCGAAUUAAUAGAGCAGAAUCAAGAUGGGUUAGAAUACUCGUCAGAAGAGGAGACUGAGGAUAUCAAGGAUGCGGCCGCAAACCUUGCCUCCAAACAGAGGAAAGACUUGGCGAAAGUGGACCACGCCAGUCUAGACUACAUGUCUUUUAGAAAAGCUUUCUAUACAGAAGUGAAUGAAUUAGCAAGAAUGACACCAGAAGAAGUAGAAGCGUAUCGAACAGAGUUAGAAGGGAUCCGCGUUAAGGGUAAAGGGUGCCCUAAGCCUAUCAAAAACUGGGCUCACUGUGGUAUCAGCAAGAAAGAGUUGGACAUACUGAAAAGGUUAAAUUUCGAGAAACCAACGCCAAUACAAGCUCAAGCUAUACCAGCUAUUAUGUCAGGAAGGGAUCUAAUUGGAAUAGCAAAGACUGGUUCAGGCAAAACUUUAGCCUUCAUCCUUCCCAUGUUCCGGCAUGUCUUAGACCAGCCGCGUCUGGAAGAUACCGAUGGACCUAUAUCGCUUAUUAUGACCCCCACUAGAGAACUUUGUAUGCAAAUUGGCAAGGAUAUAAAGAAAUUUGCAAAAUCACUCGGGUUGAGAGUUGUAUGCGUGUAUGGCGGCACUGGAAUCUCUGAACAGAUAGCGGAGCUGAAGCGCGGUGCGGAGAUGAUCGUGUGCACGCCGGGCCGCAUGAUCGACAUGCUGGCCGCCAACUCCGGCCGCGUCACCAACCUGCGCCGCGUCACCUACGUCGUACUCGACGAGGCCGACCGCAUGUUCGACAUGGGAUUCGAGCCGCAGGUAAUGAAAAUAAUCGACAACAUAAGACCAGACAGACAGACGGUGAUGUUCAGCGCCACAUUCCCGCGACAGAUGGAAGCACUUGCGAGGCGAAUAUUGCAGAAACCUAUUGAAAUUCAGGUGGGAGGCAGGAGCGUGGUAUGCAAAGAUGUGGAGCAGCACGUAGCAAUACUAGAGGAAGACGCGAAAUUCUUCAAGUUGCUUGAGUUGCUCGGCCUGUACAGCCAGAUGGGGAGCAUCAUCGUGUUCGUGGACAAGCAGGAGAACGCUGACAGCCUGCUAAAGGACCUCAUGAAAGCUUCCUACUCCUGUAUGAGUUUGCACGGAGGGAUUGAUCAAUUCGACAGGGACUCGACGAUUGUGGACUUCAAGAACGGUAAGGUGAAGUUGCUAGUCGCGACGAGUGUGGCGGCGCGCGGGCUUGACGUCAAACAACUGGUGCUUGUCGUUAACUACGACUGUCCCAAUCAUUAUGAGGAUUAUGUGCAUCGUUGCGGUCGUACAGGACGCGCGGGUAACAAAGGUUACGCGUGGACAUUCCUGACGCCGGACCAGGGUCGGUACGCGGGCGACGUGCUGCGCGCGUUCGAGCUGGCCGGCACCACCGCGCCGCCCGAACUGCGUCAGCUCUGGGAGAAGUACAAGGACGCGCAGGAGAAGGAGGGCAAGAAGGUGCACACCGGCGGAGGGUUCAGUGGGAAAGGUUUUAAAUUCGACGAAUCCGAAGCUCAGGCAGCUUCGGAAAAGAAGAAAUAUCAAAAAGCGGCCCUCGGGCUACAAGAUUCCGACGAUGAAGAUGUGGAAGGUGAUUUGGACCAGCAGAUCGAAACUAUGUUGGCUGCGAAGAAGAUUGUCAAGGAAAUAAAGCCGGGCGUGGUGGGCGCGGGCGCGGGCGCGGGCGCGGGCGCGGCGGCGGGCGGCGCGGACGGCAAGCUGGAGCUGGCGCGCCGCCUCGCCUCGCGCAUCAACCUCGCCAAGGGCCUCGGCGCCGAGCACAAGGGCGCCACGCAGCAAGCCGCCGAGGCCAUCCUCAAGGGCGCGCCCGCCGCACACACGCUCAUCACCGCUAAGACGGUAGCGGAACAGCUAGCGGCAAAGCUGAAUACAAGGUUGAAUUACCAACCGCGAGAUGAGAGCAACUCGGAGCCCGCUGAGGAAGUGUUCCGGAAAUACGAAACAGAACUGGAGAUCAACGACUUUCCGCAGCAGGCCAGGUGGAGAGUGACUAGCAAGGAGGCGUUGGCUCUUAUAAGCGAGUAUUCCGAGGCGGGUAUUACGGUCCGUGGCACGUACGUACCGCCGGGCAAAAACCCGCCAGAAGGCGAGAGAAAGUUAUACCUCGCCAUAGAAAGCUCGCAAGAACUCGCCGUCGCCAAAGCCAAGUCAGAGAUAACUCGACUCAUAAAGGAAGAGCUAUUGAAAUUGCAGACCUCUGCUCACCACAUGAUCAACAAAGCUAGAUAUAAAGUUAUAUAAUUUAUAUGAUUUACAAUAAACUGGCGUAAUUGUUGC